GCUAGGAACGCCCCCGAGAGGCGAGUCCCGGGCGCCGAUUGGCUGGCGGGCGAAUGGGCGGUGACCAGGCGGCUUGGGAGGCGGGUGUUUGGCUCUUGCGCCGUCCUUAACCCAGCGGCUGCGCCAUGGCGGCCUCGGCCCUGCGGGAGGAGUUGGACUCGAGGUUCCUGCAGCUGCUCGGAGACCUGGAGGAACUAGAGGCGAAGCGGGCGGCGCUGAACGCCCGGGUGGAGGAGGGAUGGCUGUCGCUUGCCAAGGCUCGCUAUGCCAUGGGUGCCAAGUCGGUGGGGCCCCUGCAGUAUGCCUCGCACAUGGAGCCGCAGGUCUGCGUGCGCGCCAGCGAGGCCCAGGAUGGACCCCAGACCUUCAGGGUGAUCAAAGCCGACGCCCAGACCCCCGAGGAAGUGGGGCCCCGUGAGGCAUCUCUACGCAGGCGUAAGGGCCCUACCAAGACCCAAGAGUCAGAGUCCUCUGCGGUCCCUCAAGAUCCCUUGAACUGGUUUGGAAUCUUGGUCCCUCACAGUCUGCGGCAAGCCCAGGCCAGCUUCCGGGACGGCCUUCAGCUGGCUGCAGAUAUAGCCAGCCUCCAGACUCGGAUCACCUGGGGUCGGAGUCAGCUCCGGGGCCUCCAGAAAAAACUGAAGGAGUUGGACCCUGGACCUGCCUGACCUGCAUCUGCUUCCGAAGGCAUUGAGCACAGCCACCUUGGAUGCCACUGCCUUACUCGGGCCACCUUUCUUAAUAGUCCCUGUCUUAGCUAAAAGCCCUGGUAGAAAUGUCUUCAGUGUGCAUUGUUUCCAGCUUGGGAGUUAGGAAGUUAAGUUAGGAAGUUUGAGGCAAUCUGAGCAGUGUUGAAAGCAGCUUGUAUGAAACCAGUUAUUGGCCCAUGUUCUUAUGCGACCCCUUCCUUUGAACAAGCGAAUAACCUCCGGUCAGCCAUCUGGGAUAAUGAGACCUGCAUGCAUGGUAACAGGGGAGAAAAGGCAUCUGGAAACCUAGGCCAGGUCAGGACAAUUCCAGUCAAUAAAAUACCUCUGGCUGGGCGUGGUCCUGCAUGCCCAUAGUCCCAGCAACUCCAGAGGCUGAGGCAGGAGGAUUGCUUAAGCCCUGGAGUUAGAAAUUAGCCUGGGCAACAGACCUUUUCUUUAAAAUUAUAUAAGGCCACACACACACACACACACACACACACACACACACAGUGACUGUCAGGUUGGGGUUGGGGAGACUGAAAUCCUUUCAAGGGAAUUGAAAGGCCCUUCUCACUUGGUUUUAGCAGUGCCAUCAGCCUCUGCCUUCUGAGCUUGUAACCCUGCCUCUGGCAGGGCAGGAGUCCUGCUGCACCUUUCUACUGAGCUGACUUUUGAGCAGUGUCUGAGACUCGCUGUGUUUGGGGAGGGCAGUUAAUCACUUGUGAGGUGUAAAUAUUUCUUCCGCAUUUGUUAAUUUUGCUUAUGUUGGAUUUUCUACUUCCUGAUUAAAAUACGUAAAGCUGUACAGAAAAUUGAAUAAAGUGAAGCCUACAGUAACCGUCA